CCCCGCAGGUGCGGCUGGUGAACGGCUCCUCCAGGUGCGUGGGCAGGGUGGAGGUGCUGCACGGGCACAGGUGGGGCUCGGUCUGCGACGACACCUGGGACAUGGCGGACGCGCAGGUGCUGUGCCGCUCCCUGGGCUGCGGCCCCGCCCUGGCCGCGCCCGGCCACGCCCGCUUCGGGCCGGGGGCGGGGCCCGUCUGGCUGGACGGGACGCACUGCACAGGUGAGGAGCUCACCUUGGCCAGGUGCCGCCUGCACACCUGGGGGGAGCACGACUGCGGCCACAGCGAGGACGCCGGCGCCGUCUGCGCAGGUGAGCGCCGGACAGGUGAGGGCGGGGCAGUGAGAGCAG